UGCUAUCAUGGCGACGUGCGAUCAUUCUGUCGUUGAAUAUUUUCCUGGCAACGACGGCCAUCAUUGUGGCUACUGUGGUUCAGAUAACACCAAUUGUUCUCAUGGCAUGUGGGCACACACCAUGACUGUAGAGGAUUAUGAACAGCUCGUUUACCGUGGAUGGAGAAGAAGUGGAUGCUACUGCUACAAACCAACGCUGAGUAUUGCGUGUUGUCCCAUGCAGACUAUUCGGAUGGAUGCCCCAAACUUCAGUAUAAGUAAAAGUCAAAAGAAAGUCAUCAAGAUGGUGAACAGAUACCUCAUCCAUGGCAUAAAGAAAGGAGAGAGCUCUUCAGAUCACGAGGCGUGUGUGCGAGAUCUUCACCACAAUGAGACGAAACGCUCGAGUCAAGUGUUAGCCGACUUGGAUGCCUCGAGUCUCAGGUUGAAAGGCAGCAAGAAGCAGAAUGAGUCUGGUGAUAGCAUCAGCGUAAAACACAAGACGGAAUCGACAGCGAAGACAAGUCUUACAGAAGAUAAACAGUCUGCGGAAGUGGCAUCGGAACACGGUGUAGCAACCGCAAGGAAAGGCAAAACAUACAAACCAGGUGUGGGACUUGAUCCAAAUAAACCAAAAUGUGGGAAAGCAAAGCUGAUCCGGCUAGAAAAAAAGAAAAAAAAGCUGGUCGUGGAGUCAUCGGUUUCUGAGGAUCAAACAGACUCUGUGUCUACUGCUGAGAUAUCACCAAGUAACAGUAAGAAAAUGUUAAAAAGAGAAAAUGAACGUAAAAGUGUGGAGGAGUACCUUGCUGAACCAGAGAAGGCUGAAAGUGUUGCACACAAACUGGAGAUAAAACUUAUACGUUCUUGUCCACCAUCGGAAGAAUUUCUGUCGACUUUUCGUAAGGAGUCGUACAAAUUGUUUAAAAGAUAUCAGAUGUCAAUCCACAAGGAACCAGAAAAUGAAUGUACUCUGCGUGACUUUUCUCAGUUUUUGGUGGAGUCACCAUUGCAGCAUAUCCCUGGUGAUAAAAAGCUGCUUACAGGAUAUGGGUCGUAUCACCAGCACUACAUUCUGGAUGGAAAAAUCAUAGCUGUUGGCGUGAUUGAUAUUCUUCCCCAUUCCGUCUCGUCCGUGUAUCUCUACUAUGACCCCGACUACAGCUUCUUGUCCUUGGGCACAUAUUCUGCACUGAGGGAGAUUGCGUUUGUGAGGGAGUUAUACAAGAGUUCACCUGAUCUACGAUAUUACAACAUGGGUUUCUACAUCCAUUCUUGCAGGAAGAUGCAAUACAAGGGUCAGUACUCGCCAUCAUACAUUGCUUGUCCUGAAGUUCAUACGUGGGUUCCAAUAGAAAAAUGUCGACCCAAAUUGGACGCCGCCAGAUACUGCCGAUUAGAAGAGGAUCCAACAAUAGAGGAUGAAGAGGGAAAGAUCGACUUGAAUGCAGUUCUAAUACUACAGAAUGGGACAUUACUGAAUUACGAAAAAUACCACAUGCUCAAUCCAAGCAGGAAAGAUCAGUCCGAGAUUGAAGAAUAUGCAAAAUUAGUCGGGCGGACGUGUUCACAAAGAAUCUUGCUGUAUCGGCGAUAGAGAACCUGUUCCUCGACUCAUCAAAGCUUAGUGUUGUGAUUUCGAACAUAUUUAAAUCCCCCUCCCCCAAACAUAUCUUUAUAUCUAGUAGUCACUUGAUGGUGGUAACUACAGAACGUAGCAUAUGUUGUUUUCAUUUCUAUUAUGUUAGAUGAGAAAGGUAAACAAGGGGUAAACAAAAUUGUUGCUGUUGAAUGGCAGUAGAUUAUGAUAUGAGCCAUCACAUGAGAAACUUUUAACUUGGCAUGAUUUAAAAAACCCAAGAAAACAUUUGCAUCAUAGAAACAUGGAAGAAAAGGUUGACAUGUGCUUGUCACAUUGUUUUUAUCAUGCUAAGAAGAUAUUGGUUUCGUCACAUAAGAACAUAUAACUUAAAACAUUGGCAAUAAAACAAAUAAAGUAAAUAUUACUGUAUUAAUGCAUAAUUUUUUUUUUUUUAAAUUGACUUGGUUAAAAACUAACGUAGAACCAGUAAAAUUUUAUUUUAACUUUGAAGUUUAAAAAAGUAACAAUUUAUCCUAUCUUUUACUAGAUAUAUUUAAAUAUAGAACCUUACUACCAGAGAUUAGGUUUUUGACUAUUACUACCUGAGAUUUAGAUUUUUGAAGAUCCUUUGCACCCAUAUGAUUUUAAAGGAAAUUUUUUUUAAAUUAUUAUUUUUUGUUGCUGUUGUAGGUUUUUACAUGUGACAUCUCAUAGCUUAUAUAUUUUUAUCAUCGAACCACAGUGCUGUAUCCAUGAUAUAUCAUCCUUUUGUCAUUCUGUUACAACAUCUGCCUUGUGUUAUUUAAUGUGUUUUUUCCUGCAACAAUAUGCAUAGUUACACUGACUGCACCCACAAAUCAAAAUAAUACGAGUGUAAAGGUUUUUUCAUAACCAUAUGCAAAAAGAAGUACAUUUAGGAAGCUUUAAAACCAACACUAUUACUCAUAAGUAACAAAACCGUGAGGGCACAGAUUUUCAAAGCUGACUUAGCGCUACAAUAUCGUAAAACCAUUAUAGACUAUGAUGUCACUAUGGUGAUUGUUUCACAAACAUAUUGAUCAUAUGAUGACUGUCUUAAAUUUUAUUUUCAUGUUUGACUUAUGAACAAAUUACUGGAUUACAUCUAUAUAUAUAUAUGUCAAUAUCUGUGUGGUUCAUAACCAUAUGUCCAACACCAUAUAACCGUAAAAAAAAGUGUUGAGUGCAUUGUUAAAUAAAACAUUUCCUUCCUUCUCAUCAAAAUGUCCUUUGGACUCUGCCUUGUGAAGAGAUACAAACUUGAUUGAGUACCAGUAGCAGACAGGAUAUCAUACCGUUUAAUAGUUUGUGUUUGUGAUCAUUUAACAGUUUGUUACUGAAGCCUGUAACCAAUGAUAGUAAUUUCACUUGGGAUAGUUUGAAUUGAUAGCUUGUGAAGAUUACUAACAAAAUACAACAACAUGGUAUUUGCCUCUUUUAUCGAUAUAGUAAAUGUUAGAUAGUUAUAUGUAAAAAUAUUGUUUAAUUUAUUAUACAUGUGAACAGUUCUUUAAAUCAAAACCAUUUUAUCUUAGAAUAUAUAUUUAUUGAUAUUAUUCAUUCAGCCUUUGAUACUGGCACUAACCAUACUUUAUUUAAAAUCCACCAACAAUGGCUGGUCUACGUGUAUUUCCUCCCACCUGUCUGGCUCUUCUUCGCAUUCGCCUGAUGUGCAGUUGGUCUAGGAUCGAUCCCUGUCAGUGGCCCCAUUGGGCUAUUUCUUGUUCCAUUCAGUGCACCACGACUGUGGUAUAUGCUAUCCUGUCUGUGCGAUGGUGUAUACAAAAGAUCCCUUGCUACUAUUGGUUUAUCAAAGACUGUGAUAUGUGCUAUCCUGUCUGUGGGAUGGUGCAUAUAAAACAUCCCUUGCUACUAACGAAGAAAUGUGGCAUGUUUCCUCCAAAUGUUUGACAAAUGAUGAUUAAUAAAUCAAUAUGCUCUAAUGGUGUCAUUAAACAAUAACUUUUAACCAACUUUAAAAGUUCUUUCCUAGAAAUGACGACUUUGUGAGUAGUGUAACUUUUUUUUAUAUACACCUUUUAUGUACACCUGUCUUUGAUGGUUCAUGUUAUGGUACGUUGUUGUUCAUCCAUCCAUCUAUCUGACCUUUAAGAUGCUAUGUGGUUCCAACUCCACCUGUAGGAGGACUGCCACCUUUAUAACAUGUGUCAGUACAGACACCAAAAACCUUUCUACAGCUUCCCACAGACAUCAGAAUGUGCACACGGAUGUGCAUAGGAUAUUUUUUUAGAAUGGUACAUUUUACAGAAAUAUUGCUCAAAUUAUUUGGGAGGGAGAAUCCCCUUUAAAACCAACUAUGAAUAAUGAUAAGGCCUCACAACAUCAUGUUAGUGACCGAGGUAUCAAGCCAAUACAGUAUGUUUUAUGCAAACAGAUCGAACCUUUAUUUUUGAUGUUUAAUAUAGUUGUUUCUACUUUCUGCGUCUUUGAAUUUAUGCUUCCUAUAUAUGUAAUCGCGGCUUACAUGUGUACCUCAUGUACAUAUAUUAUGCAUUAAUUUUAAUUUAUUCUGUUGAAUGCCUGCAGCCAUCUUGGUUUUUUUUCCAUCUAAAUACAUGCACUUGGAUUAAGACCACCACAUAUGUAUACACUGCUGUCUAAUAUUUACAAUUAUUUAAUUUAUUACACUAUGCAUAUUAUGCACAAUGUCUGAUUGGUCGGUGUUAAUCAAGGGUUUCGUGUUUCAUAUUACACGGCUCGGUGGUUUUACGAACCAAUAAAUCACGAUAUUACACUCAGGGAUCACUCUGUACUUUGACAAAUUAACCAGUUGCUAAUUUUAUAUGCCAAGUGGCUCAACAUCUAGUCUUUGGUUAAUAAAAUAUUCCUUAAAUUAACCCCUAUUUUUAUGUUUUGAAAGAAAUACUCUAUAUUUCAAGAAGUUGUCUAAACCACAAUUUGUUCCAGUGUGAGCACUAGGACUCGUCCAGUCCAAAACGGGGAUUCCCCUUGUACUGGCAUUGACCAACUACCACUGUUAAUUUGAUUGAUAGCAUUCACAUAUGAGUUUAUGACUUGUACAAUCAAGCACAGAGUAUAAUCUAGCAAAAAAUAAAUACUGACCUUGGCCUAUGGCCCGUUGUAUAUAUAUAUAACACACACACACACACACACACGUGUGUGUGUGUGUGUAUAUAUAUAAUUUUUGCACUAUAAAACAUAUCUGUCUCAUCACAAUGCCAUAAUUGCUGAAAAUGAGUGACUGUUGACAAGUUUCAACAUAUUGUGCUAUAUUGUAUCAAUGUAUUGUCUAACACACAUUGAACACAUUAUUUUGUUAUCAGGUGGUGUAAUAAACUGAAUUCUUUAGA